UGCCAGGAAUCAUUUGCUAGUUGUUCCUCACGCUUAGCAAGUUGCUUCGAAUACUGUAUGAUUUCAUGAAAGGAGCAAAAACUACUUUAGACCGUUGAGUUAUUUGCAACCAGGGAGAAACACAAAAGUGUCUGACCAGUCUGAAACAAUGUCUUUCAUCCCAGGACAACCAGUUACUGCUGUUGUGGUAAGUUUUGGAACGAUACUCUUCAUUCAAUAGCUAUGGCAUCCAUUGUCCAGGCCUAAAAUCCUUCAAGCAGUGCCUCGAUGCAAACUAUAAAAAUGUACCUAAAGUAUUUAGUCAAAAAAUGUCGGUUUCACAUUGUAGUAUUACUGUUUACAAUCGUGAAUGUGACAUUGUGUUCAUGCUUGCUUGCUUGCUUCUACUCUUGACAAUGUAACUUUGCGAAUUUACCCAGCAAAACAUGUUCGAAACAUUGCUGUUCGAUAAUCCAACUACCUAUAUAACGUUACGUUUUACUCCUUUCUCUGUUUGUUGUCAGUCUUCUUUCUUUCAAAUUGAAUUAACUGCUGUUGCUAUCUUGCUAACAGUUUAGGAGCAUUUCAUUUAAUGGGCUAACGUUAUGUAUUUCAUUUUCAUAUGCGCAAUCUAGUAUUAACCUAAAGUAAAUUAAUCUACCUAGCUAGCUAAUGUUACACUGUUCUGUCUUGGCAACCUUUUAUUUAUUUAGGAGCAUCUCUGCAUUAUGGAUAGCAGCUAGCAUUAGCCAACUUGUUCGCUAUGCUACAUGGAUGAAAGUGAAGCGUUUCAGAGAAAGGCGUCACCAACCUACCUGAGACAACUUGGGUACAAGUCUACUCCUCCCAUACACAACUGGCGGACUGGUUCCGGACCCAGAACGGGGUCAAUACGGAGUGCAGGUCGUUUUUUUACUCGGUUGGGCUUCAACCCCUGUUAUCAUAUAAACACAAAUAAGACAUGGAAGAAUGCAAAGAAUUGCAGGAAAAAAUAGUACUUGAGUACCCCUGGCCUACUCUACUGACACAGCCAUUGAAGUGACUUGUUCAAUACUGUGUCAUUCAUGAAAGGCCACAUGCAUAAGUACAGUGAAAUGCUUAACUUGCAAGAUCUACCCAACAAUGCAGUAAUCAAUAUCAAAAUAGUAUAUUUAAUAAAACAUGUUGAGGUAAUCUGAAGAUAUUUCACCCCAUGCUUCCUGAAGCACCUCCCACAAGUUGGAUUGGCUUGGCUUGAUGGUUACUUCUUAUGUACCAUAUGGUCAAGCUGCUCCCACAACAGCUCAAUAGGGUUGAGAUCCGGUGACUGUGCUGGCCACUCCAUUAUAGACAGAAUACCAGCUGACUGCUUCUUCCCUAAAUAUUUAUUGCAAAGUUUGGAGCUGUGCUUUGGGUCAUUAUCCUAUUUUAGGAGGAAAUUGGCUCCAAUAAUAUAAUAAUAUAUAAUAAUAAUAUAAUAAUAAUAAUAUGCCAUUUAGCAGACGCUUUAUCCAAAGCGACUUACAGUCAUGCGUGCAUAAUUUUUUUUGUGUACGUGUGGUCCCGGGGAUCGAACCCACUACCUUGGCGUUACAAGCGCCGUGCUCUACCAGCUGAGCUACAGAGGACCACCAAUCAAGCGCCGCCCACAGGGUAUGUAUGGCAUGGCGUUGCAAAAUGGAGUGAUAGCCUUCCUUCUUUAAGAUCCCUUUUACCCUGUACAAAUCUCCCACUUUACCACCACCAAAGCACCCCCAGACCAUCACAUUGCCUCCACCAUGCUUGACAGAUGGCAUCAAGCACUCCUCCAGCAUCUUUUCAUUUGGUCUGCGUCUCACAAAUGUUAUUCUUUGUGAUCCGAACACCUCAAACUUCGAUUUGUCUGUCCAUAACACUUUUUUCCAAUCUUCCUCUGUCCAGUGUCUGUGUUAUUUUGCCCAUCUUAAUCUUUUAUUUUUAUUGGCCAGUCUGAGAUAUGGCUUUUUCUUUGCAACUCUGCAUAGAAGGUCAGCAUCCCGGAGUCACCUCUUCACUGUUGACGUUGAGACUGGUGUUUUGCGGGUACUAUUUAAUGAAGCUGCCAGUUGAGGACCUGUGAGGCGUCUGUUUCUCAAACUAGACACUCUAAUGUAUUUGUCCUCAUGCUCAGUUGUGCACCGGGGCCUCCCACUCCUCUUUCUAUUCUGGUUAGAGCCAGUUUGUGCUGUUCUGUGAAGGGAGUAGUACACAGCGUUGUACGAGAUCUUCAGUUUCUUGGCAAUUUCUCGCAUGGAAUAGCCUUCAUUUCUCAGAACAAGAAUAGACUGACGAGUUUUAGAAGAAAGUUAUUUGUUUCUGGCGAUUUUGAGCCUGUAAUCAAACCCACAAUUGCUGAUGCUCCAGAUACUCAACUAGUCUCAAGAAUGCCAGUUUUAUUGCUUCUUUAAUCAGCACAACAGUUUCAGCUGUGCUAACAUAGUUGCAAAAGGGUUUUCUAAUGAUCAAUUAGCCUUUUAAAUUGAUAAACUUGGAUUAGCAAACACAACGUGCCAUUGGAACACAGGACUGAUGGUUGCUGAUAAUGGGCCAAUGUACGCCUAUGUAGAUAUUCCAUAAAGAAUCAGCCGUUUCCAGCUACAAUAGCCAUUUACAACAUUAACAGUGUCUACACUGUAUUUCUGAUCAAUUUGAUGUUAUUUUAAUGGACAAAAAAAUUGCUUUUCUUUAGUAAACAAGGACAUUUCUAAGUGACCCCAAACUUUUGAACGGUAGUAUAUAUAUAUAUAUAUAUAUAUAUAUAUAUAUAUAUAUAUAUAUAUAUAUAUAUAUAUAUAUUAUAUUUACCAUUCAUUUCUGUUGGGCAGAAAAUAAUCUGAAACACAACCAAAACAAACAGCAAUGCGUCCAACAAAUGUGUUGAGUCACAAUCUUGAUGUAGUCAUUGCAUGCUAUGAAUAUGGGACAAAUACUUAACUUUUUACUACUUUAAUACAAAUAUAAGUGAAUUGGGCCCAAUACUUUUGGUCCCCUAAAAUGGGGGGGGACUAUGUACAAAAAGUGCUGUAAAUUCUAAACGGUUCACCUGAUAUGGAUGAAAACACCCUCAAAUUAACAGUUUGCACUUUAACCUGCACUUUAGUCAUUGUAUCAUUUCAAAUACAAAGUGCUGGAGUACAGAGUCAAAGCAACAAAAAAUGUCACUGUCCCAAUACUUUUGGACCUCACAGUAUGUGCAUGUAGGCGGGUGAUUAGGAGAAAGUGACUGGUAGCAGGAUAAAUAAUAAUAAUAAUAAUAAUAGUAAACAGUAUGGCAGAAGCAUACGUGGUGGGUGGGUGGGUUUGUAUCUAAGUGUGAGGGUGUUAGUGUGAGUCAGUGUAGGCAUGAUAGGCAUGUAAACAGGGCUGACAAGUGACUGGUAGCAGGAAUAUAUAAAAUACUUAUAGUAAUAUACCAGUGGUAGUACACUGAGUAUACCAAACAUUAGGAACACCUUCCUAAUAUUGAGUUGCACCCCCCCCCCCCCCCCCCCACACACACACACACACACACACCUUUGCCUUCAGAACAGCCUCAGUUCGUCUGGGCAUGGACUGUACAAGGUGUCGAAAGUGUUCCACAGGGAUGCUGGCCCAUGUUGACUCCAAUGCUUCCCACAGUUGUCAAGUUGGCUGGAUGUCCUUUGGGUGGUGGACCAUUCUUGAUACACACAGGAAACUGAGCGUGAAAAACCCAGCAGCGUUACAGUUGUUGACACAAACCGAUGCGACUGGCACCACUACCAUACCCCGUUCAAAGGCACUUAAAUAUUUUGUCUUGCCCGUUCACCCUCUGAAUGGCACACAUACACAAUCCAUGUCUCAAUUGUCUCAAGGAUUAAAAAUCAUUAUUCAACCUGUCUCCUUCCCUUCAUCUACACUGAUGUGAAGUGGAUUUAACAAGUGACAUCAAUAAAGGAUCAUAGCUUUCACCUGGAUUCACCUGUUCAGUCUAUGUAAUGGAAAGAGCAGGUAUUCUUAAUGUUUUGUAUACUCAGUGUAUAUAUAUGUGAACAGGAGUAAAAGUGACCAGCAGCAGGAUACAAUGGAUAGGUACUAAUGGUAAUGGCAAUCAAUAAUACUUUUUGCAGCAGCUUAGGUGUGAGGGGGAGCAGUAGUAGUUAGCCAUUUAACAGUUUUAUGGCCAGGGGAUAGAAGCUGUUUAGGAGUCUGUUGGUCUGAGCCUUGAUGCACCAGUACCGUCUGCAGGAUGGGAGUAUGGAGAACAGUCCAUCUCUCGGGUAGCUGGAGUCUUUGGCAAUUUGUCUGGCCUUUCUCAGACACCGCCUGGCAUGUAAGCCCUGGUUGGCUGGGAGCUCACCACUAGUGACGCGCUGGGCCGUCCGCACCACCCUCUGUAGGGCCUUCUGGUCGGGAGUGGUGCAGUUGCCAUAGCAGACGGUGAUACAACCAGUCAGGAUGCUUUCAAUGGGAUGCCUCGCAACACUGUUUAUUCCUAACAUCAGCGAGAAAUAUGAGUCAUGGAGUAAUUGCCUAGUAGCCUAGUGACAUAAUUAUGUAUUUUAGCUAUUUACAUUCUAUUUGAUUACAGUAUGACACAGGCUACACACACCAAUCUUAUUUAGUUGCAUGAUUUAGUAUGUGUUGCCCACUCUUAUGCAACAGCUAUCUUCCACACACUCUAUAAGUUGAAUGCCAUAGUAUGCUGCUGUUUUCUGGUUGAUCUUUAUAUUUGACAAAUCUGGUGUCAGUCAUGUGAACAAUGGGUUACACAGAUACUUUGGGUUGAUCUUUCCAUGAAUAUGAUCAGCCUGCGUUAUACAUUUCCAUGAGGGUUUCCAUGUUCUCGUCACCAAGAACUUCAGAUCCACUGAUCGAUUGUUGACCAUGUUGACCACUGAGUGCAGUGGUUUGAAGAACUUUGAACCACUGACACUAUGAACCACACUACUGAGGCUCCUAUUAUUCACCAUCACACAGACUGGCUUUGUGCUGUAAAGAGCAGUGAGCUGGAUGUGCCAGAAUCCUCCAUCUGCUCUAAUGAGAGGGCAGCUGUCUGAGGACCAUGGGGAUAGCUAGACUGAGAAAAGAUCUGUGUCUCCAGUCAGUUGGGGCAGAGGGUUUCCCUUUCAGUCGGUCACUCGACAUCACACAACAGUGGGAUUCUCUUUGUUCCUUUGGGGAAGUACAGCCGAUUCAUAACCGUAGUGUUCUACAUUCUUAAAGGGAACACAGUGCUCACCAAUCAAUUUUACAUUCUAUUCAUUUACCACAUUUUUAUUAUUGCAAUGGUAGAAUGGGAAUACGAACAAAUACUUGGUGGUUGUUGAAGUUAUGAAUUCUUUCCUCUCCAAGCUCAACGACCAAUUUUCAUGUGUUUUACAGCAACGGAUAGAGAUCCGCAAACUCCGCCAGGGUGAACACUUGAUCCUGGGUUUCAGCAUUGGAGGAGGAAUAGACCAAGACCCUGGCCAGAACCCCUUCUCUGAAGACAAGUCAGACAAGGUACGGGUAAAACAUGAAAAAAUACUCUCCCUGUCAGUUCUCAGUGAGCUCAGUUCUGGCAAAAUGCCAUUAACAUCAGAGAGGCAGGUCUGAACUGAUCAACUGUAGCCUCGGGUAGCAACACUGCUGACCCAGAUAGCUCAUCUCAUACAAUAGCAUAUAUUACUCAAAUAGUGACAUUUUAUAGUUCUAUCAUCAAACCAGUUUAUAUAGAAUUGAUGCUAGUUAAUAUCUUUUAUAUGUAGAUGCAUAGACUUUCAUAUCUAUUUUCAUAUAUAUUUCUCUUUUGCAGUUUUUAUGUUUUUCUGUGUUGUAUCUGUGUGUCUGUGUGAUCACAGGGCAUCUAUGUGACACGGGUGACACCAGAGGGACCAGCAGAAGUUGCAGGCUUGAUGAUGGGAGACAAAGUAAUGCAGGUAAACUUUUAAAUAUUUGUAGAUGUUUCAAACUUUUGGCCUCAAGAUACAUUUACUUUUACCUAGUCUCUCGUGGACAAACUACAUAAACAUACAUUUGACCACGAGCAGCACCGCAGAUAUUGAGGUGAGCAAGAUGCAAUACUUAGCUCUCACACAGUAUCUGCGCAUGUGCAUGGGUCCGAUUCACGCUGUUACAGCGUGGUAGCCAGGGCACCAAAACAGCUGAGAAGUUAAGCCUCACACUUCAACACUCUUAGUUGUUGCGGAAAUUAACCCACUAUGCUGUUUACUUUCUGCAUCUAUGUCAUAUCACUGAAUCUACCUUUAACUAAGAUUACCUUUUACUUUAUUGAUGAAUUUCCACAAGGUGGCAACAUUUACUCAGUUUCAGUUGUGAUUGGACUUUGCCUAGUGACUGUAAAAGACCAGUACACUAUUCUAUCCUGAUAUUAUACUUACCUCACAUCAGGAAUAAUAACUACUGUAAAGAAGACCUUUAUCAGAAUAUUAUAAUUAUUGAUGUCUCUCUCCACCAGGUGAAUGGAUGGGAUAUGACCAUGGUGACACACGAUCAGGCACGCAAACGGCUGACGAAGAAGAACGAAGAUGUCGUGCGGCUACUGGUGACCAGGAAAUCACUGGAGCAGGCUGUCAGACAUUCUAUGAUGUAAUGACUCCAAACAGUAGCAGCGGCUUGGUGACCUCAUUGUCUUUCGACAGUUGGCGUCCCUCCUAUGCAACGCUAGUCCUUUCGUGCAGAAGGAGUUUGCUAUCUGACGUAAGACAAUGCCAGUGACCGAGAGCACAGUAUUCCAAAGCUUUUCUCGCAUACUGUAAGGUUGGGGUGAAUUCCAUAUAAAUUCUGUCAAUGUAUGAGGUAGAAAGAAAAUGCUAUUCAAGAAUAGAAAAUUGCCAUUUAUUUUCCUACAAGGAUUUUUCACUUCCUGAAUUGAUGGAGUUGAAAUGGAAUUGAUUACAGUCCUACUCACAUUUUCCCAAUUCAAACAUGGUACAACCCUUUAAUAACAUCGCUAUAGAAUCAAUAUGGUGCUAGUUAUUGGGAUCAUUAAUGCCUUUACUAGCUGACAUGAGCAUGACUUAUUAAGUAAUUAGUACAUUUCAUUACAGUUUAUGAUCUGUCAUUUUAUGUUUUCAAGUCAACGUCUUUACAAGCCAAAGGAAAACAGUGCCAAGAAACUGUAGAUUGAAAGAGGUUGCUUUGCAAACACAUGCAGACAAAGCACAUAGCAUUUAUCUGCUACAGUAAUUUGUAUGUAUUCCAUAGAGGCUUCCUGCUUAUAUGAAUUAUUAUGUUUGAGUUUAAUGUAUGGCAUUAAUAACAAUGUAACACUUAGUGCUUAACACUGCUUUGUGUUGGGGGAAUUGGGCUUGGAUUAUAUAUUUUGGUAUCUUUAUCCAUGCAGUGCAUCUACCAAACUAACAAGCGCAGCCAAACUGCAUACUUUAUAUUUCAUUAUACACUAAUUGUACUUGUCUACCAAAUACUGUAAUAUUGAUUUGAGGAUUGGACUUUUGUAGGUAGUGUAGCAGGAAGACAGUUACGUCUCAUUCUCAACCAUCUGGGUAUAAUUAAUCUGGUGUUGCCAUCAUUGCCUGGAAAUCAAGGCAAGAGUAUAGUCAAUUUUAAGUGCCUUCUUUCUCAGGUUCAUAUAGAGAAAGUGGCAUGUUGGAUUGUUAAUUAGGUCGCUUGCUGGUUGAUGUCAGACAGCUAAUACACUUUAGUUGCAUGCUGGACCAACGUUGAAGGAUCAAAUUAAAUGAAAGAGACGUUUGAAUACGCACAGCCUUAAAUUAGACUCUAGUGAUUGUACCGCUAAAACGUGAUGGCGCCAAUAGGGUUUUUGUAUUCACGCUGUUUUCCAUUCCUAUAUUGUUCAACGAUAUUGCAUUUAUCACUGCCUCAGCCAUGUUUUACACAGCGAUGCCUCACUGAUUUAAUCCAAUCUUAUCAAUUCCUAUUCAAAUGGAUCAAAGGUAAAGUGAUAUUGUAAUGUGGAUUACAAUGGUACCUAAUAUACAUACACGUCCUAGUAUGUUCUACUAAUGAAAUAUUUUGUAUGGUUUUGUUUUUGUUAGAAUUCUUUGAUUUGGGAGAUUAUCAUGAUAUACUGUAUUGUUGGCAGAGUGACAUAACUUAGUCUACACACAACUUUGUAAAGAAUAAACACUUUAAAAGCCUGCCCAACCUUUUGAUAAAUGUAGCCUUGCAUGAACAUUUUCUAUAAUUACUCCAAGUAUAUGACGAAAACCUUUGAUAUUACUAUUUUGGCAAAUGAUUGUAUACUGGACACUUUCCGAAUGUUCUUUAACAUAAAUCAAAUUGAACUGAAAGAUUGCUUUCUUUUUUGCGGUAUUAUGUGUUUGUCAGGCGCUUUACAAAAUUAGCAGUUGUCACCUAUAGACUGUCACCCAUAGACUGUCACCCAUAGGUCCCA